AACAAACAAACAGUCGCGGUCAACGUGAUACUACCGUGAAACUGCUAAUGGACAAGUCUUCCGAAAAGACACUUAAAAGUAACAUUUGAAGCCGAUUAAAAUUCUAGCUUCACAACAAAAUAACAGUAGUUAAUAGUUUAUUUAAACAGAAAUUAGCUCGUCCUCCGGUGUUGUUAGCUGACGUUAGCCGUGUCGUUGUGAGACUGAUAAGGCAGCACAUCGCUCCGAAAACAAAAACACUAAAUGAUAGUCUCAGCAACAAGUGUAGAAGGACAUUAGGCCUCUAUGACACAGAUUUGGACCACUUUAAUCUGCAUAAAUAAAAAAAGGCGAACUUCAUAGAUAACAUGAUUGGAGUGAGCGCGUGCUCUCCGUGGAUUUGCAGACCGGUGUUGCCACUUUUUCUUAUUCUGGCUGUAGUACCAUGCAUGUUAUACUGCUCAGACGCUCCUGCUGCAGUUGUUGGCAAAAUGUAUCCACGCGGGAACCACUGGGCAGUAGGUCAUUUAAUGGGAAAGAAGAGCACUGACAGCCUGCCUGAACUGCAGGAGACACACCAUGACAGUGACUACCUCACGCCCUCACAAGCUGCCGGGGUCACGGAGCAUCUGAUGGAGGCCCUGAUGCAACAAAAGAACCAGAAACAGACGAUGCCACAAACUGCAGACAGGCUGUUUCGACUGCACAGCGGCUGGAGAGAAGAGGACAGAGACAAAUAUCUCAGAGAGAUGUCAGACCUGCUUCUUUUGGCUUUGAAACUGCGACACAAUGACUCCACCUGAAUGAAUGCAAGAUAAAUU